CCCCGACACCUCCUCCGAAAGAUGCACCUCGCCUUGCUGGUCGCCGCUGCGACCGUCGCCCCUGCGGCAGUGGUGGCAGGCCCGUAUGACGGCUGGGCGCCGCACCGCUACUGCAACGCCAUGGAGGGCAUCGAGGCCACGCGCAUCCCGCCGCUCACCCCGGAGCAGGCGGAGCUCGUCGAGUCGCUCGAGCAGGUACAGAUUAUCGCCCGCCAUGGUGCGCGCGCACCCUACGCGAAGCUCUUCUGCUGGGACUCGCACAAGCACAACCCCAUGGACGCCGAGUGGGACUGCACCACUACAUCCGUCUCGUCUCAGGACAUUAACCCGAACGAGAAGACGAAGGGCUUUGGGCGGUUGUACCGCAAAUCGUACAUGGACGGACACAACAUCCUCAAGGGAGACUGCGUCAUUGGCGGACUUCUCCCGCUGGGGCGUCAGCAGCACAAGACCAAUGGACAGUUUCUUCGUGACGCCUACGUAGGCGAUGGUCCGCUGAAGCUUUUUCCCACUGCUAAUUUGUCGCACCUUGAGCUGAGCGAGAUCUACCUCCGCAGUGACGAUCAAGAGAGGACGCUGGGUUCUGGUCAAGCUCUAAUCGACGGGCUCUUCCCGGUUGACGGGACACUUUCUCUCGAGCUUCACCGCAUGCUGUCAUGGGACGUAGCAGACAUCUCGGUGGACUACAUCAACGCCAACGAGAAUAUCUGCCCGUUCAUGGGACACAUUGGACAACUUUCCAAUGAGUCGCCGGAGUUCUGGAACCACCUCCGAGACCCUGCCACCGUUGAGAUCGAGCACCACUUCAACGACCUAGUGGGAAACUUUUCGUGGGGAUCAGCGUUGGAGUGCCUCAGCACCGCCCGCUGUAACGAUCUUGAGCUUCCGCCCGGUAUCGAUGAGGAGACUUUCACCAAGACCUACCACGAGGUGGAAGUUCGCCAGGGUAUUUUCCUUACAUACAAUGACUCGUGGUACGCCAAGGUUGCCAUGCAGCCGCUUGCCCAUGAUAUGCUAACGCGGCUUGAUGGCGUGCUGAAUGGUGACGCGGACGCGUACAAACUAUCCGUCACGAUGGCCCACGACUCGACUAUUAUGCCGUUUCUGGCUGCCUCCGUUAAGGAGAACUGGAAUCGCACCUGGACUCCCUACGCAGGCAUGCUGGUGAUUGAAGUGUACAAGACCAAGAGUGGUUCUCAUGCUGUUCGGAUGAUUUUCCACGGCGAGCCUCAACAGCUUCCUGACUGCCACGACACUCUUUGCGACAUUGAAGAAUUCUCCAAGGCCUUCGCGUUCGCCCGCAACCCACGCACCGAGCAUGAUUGCAAGUUGCCCAAGCAGAAGAAGAGCAGCAAAGACCACUCUUCCGCGAGCUUGAUGACGAUGGCGGAUGGCCAGGCAGGAUACAAGGCGUCGGACUACAUCGGGAGCUACCUGCUCCUGGGUAUGGUUGGCGUUGCUGGGCUUCUCGCUCUUCGUGCCAAGGCUCGCCGCAACCGGCAGCGUGAGGUGCGCGGGGGCGCCGAAACCAUUUCUCUCCUCUCUUAA